AUGGGGAUAUUUGGCGUUCAAGAAACUAUACUCAACGACGAAGACAACGUAGUUGUCUUUCAAGUUGUAGAGACAGAAAUCCCGGAGGUCAAUGAGCGCUUCACCAGCGAUAGCCAGCAUCAAGGUCUCACAAAGAGAGAGUCGGAGUCCUCUCGAAGAUGGUGGAAACGUCGCCGUCAGGAAGUAAUGCCCCCGCUGGAAUGUCUCGUAAAUACUCGGGGCAGGGCUAGAGAUAGCGACGGUAGUGAUAGCGGUCUCCAGCAGCCUUCUGUAGUCGAUGUUAAGCCUUGUGAAAGUGAAUUUGCUUCUCAAUCCGCUUGGACGGUGGACACCGAUGGGACGCUUCGAUCGCUAUCUAGCCGGGAAACUGGUGCACCACCAUGCCUCUACCGAGGAGUGCAUGAUGCAACCGGCGCUGUCACAGCCGAAACAGUACUGGCGUCCUGUAUCGACCAGAAACUGCAAUCAAAGUUGUCGUCAACUUCCGUCGAUGUUCCAGUCCAACCUCGACGUCCGGUCAACAUGAUAAUGGUAAGGUACCGUGCGGUGCAUGCCAAGAAUGGGGAUGUGAAUACGCCGCCGACACCUUCACCAGCAAGCCCGACAAUGACUUCAACGCUAGCUAUGCCCACAUCACGGGCAUCAGCGGAUGGUGACGAGCAUCCGUCAGUAUCGCUGAAAUUUUUUCCUGUAUCACGACAACACAGUCCGGUGAUUCCUACUCAAAAUCGUCGGUUAGACCCAUCAACCAACAAUGGUAGGCAGAGAUAUGGAGGGCCCUUAAACAUUUUGCGUGACACCAAUCCUAUUCUCUUGCUCGGCAAUAGCCAGCAUGAUUAUUCAACUUUCAAUGACAAAUCCAGAAAAAGGAAUGAACGGAACGGAAAGGCCUCGCUGACGCGACGAAUUACUGACAGGGAGGCAUCGGUGUCCUACAAAACCCGUCCUAUUCAGAUUCAUCCCUACAUUGCUGCAUCAAAAAAUGAUGUCUGGACAGAUCCCCAUACUGGCUUGGAGUAUCAAACGGAUCUAUGUGGCUACCUCGGCCACGAUAGGAAAGAAAAGGGCCGACAUACCCUCAUGGGUGUGGGGCAGUACAAAAAGUUUGUUGUCAAGGUUUACGGCAUCGCUUACUAUGUUUCCAAACGGGAUGUCCUCUCAUCAAACCAUGUUUUUGAACCCUUCGCUGCCUUGUCGACAGCCGAGCUACGGAAACGACCUGAUUUUUACGAGCAUUUACGGCAUAUGCAGAGCCCUGAAAGUCCUGACCGUGGUAGUUUCGAGCGAACGCUCAUGAUCAAAACCAAUAUGCAGCUUGCAGCAGAAACGAUUCGAAAUAGUUUACAUGCCGACUGGAAGAUGUUGACUGAAGAGGCCAAGCAUCUUCUUAUCAAUUCGAGCAUUCAGCCUCGACCGGCCAACCAAGAAACAUUGGCUUUAAUUCAGAGUCCAAAUAAUCCGUCACGCUGCAGCUGUUCUCAAGUAGCACCACCCGAGUAUCAGGCAGAUGCCGACUGUUGUGCGCGCGGUACCGAGCUAGCAUUCACUUGGCGGAAAAAUGGAGACUUGGAGGUACGAUUGAACCGUCGAUUGAUGGAGACAUUCCAGCGACCCGACAUCGCUCAAGCAAUCUUUUACGAGUAUUUCCGGCAGGAUGAUCCAAUGUCUACAGACUUUGUUGACCAUGCCGUAGAGGGCUUCCCUUUUUUGCUGGCUCCUUUGUCACAAGUUAAAGGGUUCUCUAUGCCCCAGGGAACUGCCAAAUCACCUGACACGGCGAACGCUGUCAUUAAGAUCAUUGGUGGAGUUUUCGAAUUUAUUUCGUCCCAAUCCCACGCUCUGGUUUGUAUGGCACAACACGGGGCAUCGGAAGCAACAGGCCAUGCAUUGCACACAGCCAAGACAUUCAGCGACGCAGCUCAAAAUGUUGCUAAGGAGGUGGAUCGACGGAAGGAUGCUAUGAUUAAGUUCACAGUGGCUCUCCCUGAGACACUCAAAGCCUUACCAUAUUUAAUGAAAACUGCUCCGACAACCUUUGUGAGGCUUUUUACGCAAGACAAAGAUGCUAUCCAGACCGUUUCUGACUGGGUUGGGGUAAAGAUUAUGACGCCUCCAGAGGAAGCUGAACCUCAACGGAAAGUAUCGCAAGGUCGCGCAUUUGGAUACCCUUUAUCCCGAUGGUUUGGGGAGGUGUACUACGCGCCUGACGAAAUCGGACCCAUGGUAAUACAUCCUGCUACUAACAUGACGCGCAAAGUCUUUUUGGCUCUGGUGCACCUUUACCUUUUGCUGCUCUUCAUCGUCAGCUUCCCUGGUUCAUACGCGACACGUACCAAACUGGUUGUCAGGAAGCACUGCAUUGUGCGGGAUCUCUCAGAUUCGGAUAGCGACGCUACAGAGGACGACACCGAAGAAGAAGAAAAGAUUAACGAUGCAAGUAAAGGAAGGUUAGCCUCUGAAGAAAGAAGGCGCCUCCGCCGCGAAUCGGAGUAUCCGUCCCAAAGUAACAUAGACUUCUCGCGAGCAAGAGGUGUCUUGCGGCCGUCUUUAUCCGUAGACCCUCCCGUACGCGAAGAGCAGGCUUCACCUUUGAAGAAGAAAAGCCUGAGCUAUUUUCUGUAA